AUGAGGUUGGUAACGAUAGUGUCGGAGAAGCUCGAUACGGACAAGGACAACUCGGUCACGGUUACCAUCACUCGUAUGGGCCCUCACUUCAACAUGAAGGCGUUGGAGGCUCUUAGUGGUGGCAAUAAGGAGGUCCAGGAAAUGCUCAAACAAUAUGUGAUUUCGCAUUCGGCUGCCGAGCUCAACGCUGGUUUAAAGCCUAUCUGUUUGAAUGGUGUGUCCUAUGCUUUGAAGAGCGAUGUCCAUUACAGUGCGAAUGGCGCUGCUUGUGCUUCUUGGGAUGAAUAA